AUGCCGCUCUCAAGGGAUGCCAUGCCCUUCAUGAAGGAGACCCGGCCCCCACCACAGGUCCCAUUUCCUUGGCUGCUUCCCAGCCUGUUCGCUGCCUUCAAUGUAGUGCUGCUGGUCAUUUUCAGUGGCCUCUUCUUCGCAUUCCCCUGCAGGUGGCUGGCCCAGAACGGGGAGUGGGCCUUUCCCAUCAUCACAGGCCUCCUUUUUGUCCUCACCUUCUUCAGUCUGGUUUCACUCAACUUCUCAGACCCAGGCAUCUUGCAUCGAGGCUCCGACGAGCAUGGUCCCACGAUGGUGCAUGUGGUGUGGGUGAACCACAGGGCCUUCCGCCUGCAGUGGUGCCAAAAGUGCUGUUUCCACCGCCCUCCCCGGACCUACCACUGCCCUUGGUGCAACAUCUGUGUGGAGGACUUUGACCACCACUGCAAGUGGGUCAAUAACUGCAUCGGCCACCGCAACUUCCGCUUCUUCAUGCUGCUCGUUCUGUCCCUGUGCCUCUACUCCGGCGCCGUCCUGGUCACUUGCCUGGUCUUCCUGGUGCGCACGACCCACUUGCCUUUCUCCCUGGACAAGGCCAUGGCCAUCGUGGUGGCUGUACCCGCCACCGGCUUCCUGGUGCCGCUCUUCCUGCUGCUGCUGAUCCAGGCGAUGUCCGUGAGCGCGGCCGAGCGCUCCUACGAGGGCAAGUGCCAACACCUACAGGGAUACAAUCCCUUUGACCAGGGCUGUGCCAGCAACUGGUAUUUAACAAUUUGUGCACCAUUGGAACCCAAGUACAUGGCCAAAGCUGUGCGGCUGCAGAGAGUGGUGGGGCCCCACUGGGUGCCUAUGCAGACCCUGCACUCCCCGAUGUGCUCCUCUGCUCUCGUCUCGCCAGCACUCCCUGGGUAUGGGCCUGGCACCCAGCUCCAACCUCCAAGUCUCUACAAACCAGGGGAGGGUCCCCCAGGGAGUGGAGAAGCCGCUGGUCUCCAAGAGGCAGAGUGUCUCAGGCUGAAGGAAGUCGAAAGCUGCGCUGAUUCUGAGCCCAGUGUGGGGGCAGCUGCUCCACCUCUCAGCCCUCCUGGCCCCCUCAGGGCUCCCCUCUUCCUGUAGCUUCUCUCUGUCCCAUCCCAGCAUGUCUGUUCCUUUCCCUACUCUGUGUCCGUCUCUGGCCUCACCUCUCCUUACCUUUCCACUUGCCCUCUUCCCUCUUCUCCGUCCUUCCUCUUCCUCCUCUUUUCCCUUUCAUUCUCCUGCUCUCUCUGUACCGCCCCCCCCACUCCCCCACCCUGACCUUUUCCUGGACUACAGCUUCCAAGAAUGCAAAAUAA